GGCCACAGACAGAACAUGCACAUUUUCAGCGGAGCAGACUCGACAACAACAACAACACAAAAAAACCGUCUGCUCCGCCAUGGAACGUCACACUAAAGCCUCUGGCCUGGUGUGAGCGGGGAUGGGCACCAUCCUGCAGCAGAGAGUGCCACAGCAGUGCCCGGGGAGGCUGUGCACGGAGAGACUGUGCACGGAGAGGCUGUGCACGGAGAGGCUGUGCACGGAGAGGCUGUGCACGGGGCCAGGAUGGAGGGCGAGCAGUUGGAGCGAGCACAGGCCUGAAGCGGACAGCUCCAGUACGGAUCAGAGGAGGUCACAGCAUCUCCAGGAAACUCCCCCAGAGGAAAUGAUUCAGAAGUGUGUGUCCAGAAGAAUGCACAGAUCCACCAACAGAAAGUCCAAACACAGUUCUCAGGUAACUCCUGACUCCUCAUCUCCUGUACCGCCUCCUUCAGACCAUUCCCAAGUCCGAGCAUCAGUCAGUCUCAACAAGAAGAAGCACUCAAACCCCAAACACAGGAGGCAUACGGCCGCCUUCCCCUGCCACCGAGCCCUGUCUGACCCCAGUCCAGACCCUGCUCCACGGUCAGCGCUCAGGGACAGUGGUGCCCUUAGAAAUGACGACAGUGACACAGACCUGUCUGAAUCUGAGAUGUUUUCAGAACUGCCCUGUGGUGGUCCCCCUCCACAGUUAGAGCUGCGGCCAGAAGUUAUCUCUCUGAAAGAACCGCCACUGUGUAGCAGGAACAAUAACAAAUCAAAGUUUGACUUCCCGGACUUUCUCCCUCCACCUUUUAACUCAUGGAGCCUCAACCAGUUAGCUUAUUUUUAUAACAUGGAAAGUCGUGCAGCUUCCAGGCCUAAACCCACCGGCUCAUUAGAGCGUUAUUUAGAGAGACUUUUGCAGUUAGAAUGGUAUCAGAUCAAAACAUGGCAAGAUAACAACGGCCCAGCACAUGCGGAGCCUUUAACAGUUAGCCAUAAGAGUCCAGCGUCUACCUCAGCUCGCCUAAGCACUCCUAAAUGUAUCCUGCAAUGCCAACGAGCCUUUCCUCUCACUAUCCUGUCCAUGCCAAGUCACUGCGCUUACAUUGUCUGCACAACCCGCAACUCGUCCUGCAGCUGCCGCUCCUCGGGCAGUCAGGCGCGCCCGUCCAGGAUGAGUCCGACCCAGGAGCACAGAGGGCUUUUCUCACUGCCCAAAAGGAGCUACAGUGAGAGCAGGGCUCCUUUGCCUAAUCAAACAGAGAGGCCGAGUGGUUCUGCCAGUAACCAGGGCCAUUUAAAGCAGAUGCAGGCUGCAGGAAACCUCCGAAGUUCUGUACAAGCCGUUCACAACAGACACACCUCCAACGCCAGGGACCAAGGAUCAAUGUGGAAGGAUCAUUUUCCAAAUCACAGAGCUGGCUGUGUCCGGAGCGGCUCAGUAAAUAGAAAGAGCAACUCAGAAUGGGCACAUAACAGCGGAGAGAAGCGGCGCGGCAGGUCUGAGUGUAGAAAACGAUGUGAAAGGAGAGGACAACAUGAGGUCAAACCUGAUGCUGUCAAUGCCAUAAUGGACAAUUUAUCAGCCACCAAAUCUAGUGCUGUAAAUAGACCAUCCAGGUCAAAACAGGUUGAAUUUGUUACAUGAUCUUCACCAACAAAUUUUAUGUAAUUUCCACUAAUCCACAAAUUGUAAAAAAAAAUUGUCUGCAUUUGGUCCUGCAUCUGCUGUUCACUGCCAAGUUUACACACACUGGAGUGUGGUGAAUAUUGUACUUUUUCAGUUUGAUAUUUAAUAUUGGUGCCAUGUAAUAAUAAUAAUAAAUAUAGCUGCAAGCGGCAAUGAUGGCCACUUGCCCACUGCCACCCACAG